AAAACUUUUAAAAUUUUUUUUAGGAGUAAAUCAUCUCGGCCAUUUCCAUCUUACAAACCUUCUAUUACCUCUCCUCCAGAAAACUGCUAACUCCCGAGUAGUUAUAGUUUCUUCUUCAUUGAUGAGACAAGGGAAAUACGAACCUGAGAAGUAUGACCAUUUUAUCGCCGGCCGGUCACUUGACCCCGGAGUUAAACCUGGGUUUGCUCCAACAGGAUACUGUGAUUCUAAACUGAUGAACGCUCUCUUUACCAAACAACUAGCAGAAAAAACCGGUUCUAGUGUGACCAGUGUGUGCGUUUGCCCCGGAUGGUGUUACACCCAGCUUGCCAGAAGUAUUAGAAUACCAUUUUAUAAAAAGUUUUUGUUUCUGCCGAUUGCGUUUAUCUUUAUGCGAAGCGCUGUCCGAGGCGCUCAUAAUAUCAUACAUGGUGCUGUAGAAGAGACUAGCAACCUCAUUAAUGGUGGAUUUUACAGGGAGUGUAAGGUGUCGGUAGAGGAUAAUACGAGGUUGGAUGGAUUAAAUGAGUCUGCUCUCAAUCUCUGGGAGUCAUCAGAGAAAUUGUGUAAAAUCUAACUUCAGUCAAUCCUUCCUUACUCAGGGAUCAAGACAAAAGACAAUACAAGAGUAUUUAAAGAAAAUAAUUAGUCAGCUAGUCACAAAUUACUAAAAGAAUUUAAUCUAUCUUUCUAUCUAUAAAACAAACAUUUAAAUAAUUACUCUUUAAAAUUUUA